GGGCGGGCUCUGCGGGGGCAAUGGCCAAUGAGCGGCGCCGGGCCGCGGAUAGCGAAGGCCGCCAGGAAGGGGGUCUGCGCGCGCGCGCGCCCCGGCCGACUCCGCGAGGCGCUAGGUCGGCGCGCGCGCCGCAGCGAGCGCGGGAGCAGGAGCAGCCGGUGACCCAAUCAAAGACAGCUACCGAAAGGAUGAGGAGCGGGAAAAUGGCUGCUCCUUCCCGUAAUUAACAUGGCGCCUGGUAAGCUUCAAAGACCGCUGGAGGACUGAGGACAAGAUGGAGCCUGUUCUUGCCUAUCUAUCGCAUCGGAAUUUCGAUUUCUCUUCUCCUGAUGCAACUCUACAUCCUACCCAGCAGGAGCUGCGAAAAGGAACUCAAGUCGGCCCGAAUCUGCGCUAUCACCUGUUAGCGUCGACACGGCGGGGAGGAGCCGCGCACUAAGCUUGUUGCCCUUAGUCUGCAUGGCGCCGGGUCGCUUCCCUCAAGCCCCGCCCCUCUUCCUGCCCUCACCCAAGAUGGCGCCGACCUGGCUUCUUUAACUAUCAGUGCUGGAAAAGGGACGAGAAAGAGGGAGAAGGGCGGGCGGCUGGGAGGGAGGAGGUCAAGAAGGCGGGAGAAAGGGGGCGUGCGGGGGAGAAGGGAGCCGAGGCGGAAGUCGAGGGGCCCCCCGGGUGGAAGUGACGCUUGCCCCGCUGCCCAAAAUGUCGGCGCCCAGAGGGAGGUGUAAGUAAUUAAAGAGGAAAGCCGACUGACUUUCCCGGCCUCCCGGGGCCGCCCCAGGGCUCCAGAACCCCUGCGCCGUUCGAGCGAGGUGGACUCGCCUGCCCGCGGGUCCCGCCUGACCUGCCCCCGCCCCGGGCGCCCGGGGCCGCACCUUUUAGGGACGGGGGGAGGGGCACAAAAGGCUGGCUCUCGGGGCCUGGGUCCUCUAGCGGACUGGCGGGGGUGGGGGGGGGCGAGUUGGCCCCGAGGGCGACUGGGUGGGGAGGAGGCGGGACUUAGUAGCAGCUAGGGAGGAGCAAUGACUGGGAGGAGCCUCUGUGGGUGUGGCUUAGAGUAGAAAUGGGCGGGGCAGCAGGACUGUGGAUGGAAAUAGGAGGAACUUAGGCAAAGGGUGGGUUUAGUAAAGGGGCGUGGCUUACUGAGAAAGGUAGCCGGGCCCUAGGUUGAAGGGUCCUAACUGGGGCAGAGUGAGGAAGCUGAGGCUCAGUGUGAAGGUGGCAGAAGCUUAGAGGUGGGCUUUCUUAAGGGGUGUGGCUUAGAGAAAGUACAAUGAGGAGGUGAAGUUUAGGCAUAUAAUUUGGAGGAUUAUUAGUGGAAAUAUCAAGUCUUCAUAAUGCAAGUGAAAUGAUGUAGAGGGCCUGGGGCGGAACUCAGAAGGACUGAGAAAGUGAGAAGGGGUGGUGGAGGGUGUCUUGGAAAGGACGGGGCUUACUUCAAGGAUGAAUUUAAGGAAAAAUUGAGUGGGGUUUUGGAGGUGGAUCUUAGUAGAGAAGGGUGGAAUUUAAAGAGGACACUCGGAGGUACUUACAGGACAGUUGUAAUAAAAAGUUUAUCUGCUGAGUCUUUGCUGUGCUCAGACCUAAGUAAGCAGGCAACCCGCAUGGCCACAAUUUUGCUUAGUCCUCACCACCACUCCACGAGGUAGGUCCUCGUAUUACCCGUAUUUUGCUGGUAAAACAUGUUUUAGUUAGUUUUAUCUGAGGUUCCAGGGCUUUCAUCUUCAAAGAAGGGUGGCAGGAGCUUAGAGGGAAGUGGGAAAGAGCUUUUCAAGGAACACUAGAGGCUCUGAGAACUGUGUGAAGGGACCGUGAAAGGAUUGGGCUGGGUUUAACCACACUGGGCGGGGCUUAGAGGAGCAAGAGUCUGUUCUCAGGGGUAAAAACACUCAGUGAGGUAGAAGCGACUUGGAGUGAUUGAGGAGAUUGGCAGAUGACUGGGAGAAGGGUUUCUAGGAGGGUGGGAGGAGCUUAAACUGUGGGUAUGGUCCUGGUGGGAGUGGCUUGCGUGCAGUGGUUUGGGCUCCUGGCGGGGCAGGUGGUGGGUCUGUGAGUCCCAGGAGCCUGAUGGGGGAGGGCUGAUGGGGAAAUGACCCCCUCACCUGCCCUCCAUGUCUCCUCCACCUCGCUCCAGAAAGCCCCCACCCACCACUGCCCUCGUGCUACGCCACAAUGGAUGAUGCCCCGCUGCCAGCGCCCCCGGUCCCUGCCCCGGCGCCGGCACCACCCGCCGCCGCCCCUCGCGUCCCGUUUCACUGCAGUGAGUGUGGCAAGAGCUUCCGCUAUCGCUCGGACCUGCGGCGCCACUUCGCUCGGCACACUGCACUCAAGCCCCACGCGUGUCCGCGCUGCGGCAAGGGCUUCAAGCACAGCUUCAACCUGGCCAACCACCUGCGCUCGCACACAGGCGAGCGGCCCUACCGCUGUUCCGCCUGCCCCAAGGGGUUCCGAGACUCCACCGGCCUGCUGCACCACCAGGUUGUCCACACUGGUGAGAAGCCCUACUGCUGCCUGGUCUGCGAGCUCCGCUUCUCCUCACGCUCCAGCCUGGGUCGCCACCUCAAGCGCCAGCACCGCGGGGUGCUCCCUUCUCCCCUGCAACCCAGCCCCGGCCUGCCCGCCCUGAGUGCACCCUGCUCUGUCUGCUGCAACGUGGGGCCCUGCUCUGUGUGCGGGGGCACGGGGACCGGCAGCGGCGGAGAGGGUCCGGACGGGGCGGGCGCGGGCCCGGGCAGCUGGGGGCUGGCGGAGGCUGCAGCUGCAGCAGCCGCCUCGCUGCCCCCGUUUGCGUGCGGUGCCUGCGCACGGCGCUUCGACCAUGGCCGUGAGCUGGCUGCCCAUUGGGCCGCACACACCGACGUGAAGCCCUUCAAGUGCCCACGCUGUGAGCGCGACUUCAACGCUCCCGCGCUGCUGGAGCGGCACAAGCUGACGCAUGACCUGCAGGGCCCAGGCGCGCCCCCUGCACAGGCCUGGGCUGCGGGGGCCGCCGCUGGGCCCGAGACCCCUGGCGAGGGUGGCGCUGUGGAGGCAGGUGACGCUGGAGCGGCCUGGGACGGCCGGCUGCUCCUGGGCCGCGCCGGGGGCGGCGUGCCCGAGUUGGGGCGGCUGCUCCCUGAGGGCGGCGGGGAGGCCCCUGCGCCAGCGACUGCGGCGGAGCCAUCGGAAGACACCCUGUACCAGUGCGACUGCGGGACCUUCUUCGCAUCGGCUGCGGCCCUGGCCAGCCACCUGGAGGCGCACUCGGGGCCGGCCACCUACGGCUGCGGCCACUGCGGGGCGCUGUACGCGGCCCUGGGGGCCCUGGAGGAGCACCGGCGCGCUAGCCAUGGCGAGGGCGGCGGGGCAGAGGCGGCCACAGCAGCCCCCGAGGGGGAGCCCGCGUCGGGGGAGCCCGCGUCCGGCUCGGGCCGCGGCAAGAAGAUCUUCGGCUGCUCAGAGUGCGAGAAGCUGUUCCGCUCGCCACGCGACCUGGAGCGGCACGUGCUGGUGCACACGGGUGAGAAGCCGUUCCCGUGCCUCGAGUGCGGCAAGUUCUUCCGCCACGAGUGCUACCUCAAGCGCCACCGGCUGCUGCACGGCACCGAGCGGCCCUUCCCCUGCCACAUAUGUGGCAAGGGCUUCAUCACGCUCAGCAACCUCUCCAGGCACCUGAAGCUGCACCGGGGCAUGGAUUGACCCGUGCCCCUCCGUGCAACCACCUAGCCUGGGGCUGGACUCAGGGCCCGGCCCAGGGGACGGUCCAAAUCCAGACACGCCGAGAUGAGGGGACCCCGGUUGGAGAGAUGGGGCCACUAGAAACCCACACAGCCCCCUGAGCUGAUGGACAGCAAAUAAACCGAAAACUCCUCAGCUCGGGGGUCCCGGGUCUAUGGAGAGACUCCUGAGCUUGAGGAUCCCCUGGAACCUGUGCUAGGCACCCCAAAAUCAAUGCCCCUAAGUUGGGGGACUUAGGAAUGAGAAAUGGGUCUCCAGAAGUUCUUCUCAUCUUGAGGGCCCUAAUAAGAGAUGGGCAUACCUCCCCCAAGGGAAACCUGCCCUCUCUCUGAGAGCCAUCAUUCCAAACGAUCUGGAUAUGGAGAAUGUGGGGGGACCGUGUCCUCAAAUGUCCCUGGAUCCCCUCCAAUCACUACCCACCACAGUCACUGGUGCCCCCAGAUAAUGGCUAUAGCCGGAGUCUGCCUUUCCUGCCACUUCAUUCCCUAUGCCGAAAGAGGACCAGGGUAGAUGCCCUCUGCCCUCAACCCACUCCCCAGUUAGGUUUCCCUUCCCUACUGUGGAAUGGACUAACCCUAAUGACCCCACCCCCUACCCCCAAACGCUAGAUUAGGCUGGUUUGGAAUCCCCCUGCCCAGUAGGAUGGACUGAUUGGAUACACACACCCCUGUCCACUGGAAUGGGCUGGCCCAAGUCGUGGCCUGCACCCCACCCUCCUUAGAGUGAAUAGAGAAGACACUCCCCUUCCUCUUCCACUGUCAUUCCCCGUCCUGUGAACUCACCUGAGUGGGAGGUGGUGGACACUGGGUAGCCCUCCCGCUCUGCUGUAGCACCUGUUGGUCUUUCUCUCCAUCUGUCAGUUUGUCUCUGUUCCUCCCAACCCAAAGGGGAAGGGAGGGUUGGCUAGGGGGUCCCCCCUGUGAGCCUUGACCUCACCCCCCUUGUCACACUUCCCAGUGUCUCCAGGACCACCCCAAUAAACCUUGCCCUGUCAGUCA